AUGAGGCGACUGGAGAGACUUUACGGAGUUCUUGGAGCGUCCUUGCAUGAUGUCUUGACGCGACUGAAGGCCGAACCGCAACGCUUUCCACAACUCGACCUUGCCUACUCCCGCGAGCAACCCGUUCAACAGCCCGUAACCCUCAGCCUCCCUGCCAACGGCAUAAGGCUACGAUUCGACGGUCCGGAACAGCGUCUGCGCCUGGUAGAGAUUGUCGACUUCACCAAGAAUCAUGUCACGUUUAAGGACCGUGAUCUCGUCAAACCCGCCAACGCGCAGGGACCGCCAUCGUCUCCAGUUCCCGGAGAAUCUACCUCCGGCCCAACCUUCCGACAAAUCUACCAUCGCUUGCUCGGACCAACUUACGGUGGAGAGUACAUACCCCCAACGCCCGAUUCCUCCGAUAACCUGGGUAACUACAUACUGUCCUACCCUGGCGUUGCCUUUACCUUCCGACUGGCCGAAUCCGCAUACUCCCCCAAUAAGGAUGUGGUGUCACUCCUGUCUGCUGCGACAAGCCAGGUGCCCACAUCCAUGGCUGUCUUCAGCGGAGACUCGUGGGCCCAAGCUCGAGAGAGCCUUUGGACAGAGGUUCUCCCGAGUGUCAAAACGGUUCCCGUCCUUCCAAGGGGGAAGGAUGUCGUUCCCGACGAAAUCUCGCUGGUCAAGAUUCAUGGUGGUGGAAAGCUCCAGCUGUUCCGCAAGUGGACCAACUCGUCCCUUUGGAUUAUCCUGGGAGAGACGAGCCCACAGGAGUUGAUCGCUGAGCUCGGUCCCCCGAACGCUACUUAUCGGAAGAACGACCAGAGGAUGACAAUACACAAGCUUCGGACGGCGAGCCACAGCAGAGCUCGGUCAAACGGCGCUGACUUGAGUCGGCCAGACGAUCUUACUGACACUGACCAAUCAUCUGCCAACACUGGCUCAGACGAUUCCAACGAUGAAGCCAUCGAAGAAGACAUUGCCGGAAACGUUUCUGGUGAAUGUUUCUACAACUACUUCUAUCUAGGAUUUGAUGUGCUGGUGUCCACUCCCUCGCCUCCAUCAAGACCACCGCCUUCGCAACACGAGUCUCAGGUGCCACCAGGAAAACCCAUCAAGUCGGAAUCCCCUGAUCGACUGGUUGCUACGAAACUAGUCCUUCAUGGUAACGUACCUGGAUCAUAUGAGUUCAACAGACACCGUCGCUGCCGUUGGGAAGUUAGCUAUCUCGAUGAUGGCUCUCCCGGUGCGGCGGCAAACUCAGAGACCAAGUUCACCGAGAUUAAAGACAGACUGAACGAACGGUGGAACAGCGCGUACCCUGAAGGCGACUCUAGACCCCCCAAAGAGGCAUGGGGCUGGGGUGAUAGCCCCGGCAGCAGCUGCGAAUUUCUUGGAGGUUGGGAGGACAGUGGCGCCAAGAGAUUUGAUGGCAGCGACGAUUCAACCACUACUUUAUUUGGAUUCCCCGGUCUCGUGUUUGAGGUACUCAAGAACGAUCAUGUUAACACGGUGACUGUGUUUUAG